GCUACCUGAUGGGUAUAAAACCGGUAACCAUGGUCCGGCCGCCAGCUUACUCAGGUGCCAAGUGCGGUGUCACAAGGAUGCUUAAGCUUGUGGUAAUUCUCGCGCUCGCGGCGAUCGCGGCCCAGGGACAGGAUGCGUCCCGGCCGAUUAUCAACACCACCGGAGGACAAAUCCAAGGUAUCACGUCGAGCUGCGGUUUGUUCUGCAGCUACUUCGCCUUCAACGGUAUCCCGUACGCCCAGGCACCGGUAGGAGACCUUCGCUUCCGCAAUCCACGACCACAUUCGGGAUGGCAGGGCAUAAAGGAUGGCAGUGAGCACCGGGAAACUUGCCCUUCGGGUGGAUUCCUCGGAGGAGUCUCGGGCAGCGAGGACUGUCUGUAUUUGAACGUGUACACCCAGAAUGUGAUCGGAUCGCGACCGGUCAUGGUGUGGAUUCAUGGUGGUUCCUUUACAGGUGGAUCGGGCAAUUCAUGGAUCUAUGGUCCCGACAACCUGGUGCCGGAAGAUGUGGUGAUUGUAACGAUCAACUACCGGCUCGGUAUUCUCGGGUUCUUCAGCACGGACGACACGCACGCUGCCGGUAACUGGGGCAUGAAGGAUUGUGUGAUGGCGCUGCAGUGGGUGCGCAACAACAUCGCGGCCUUCGGAGGCGAUCCGAACAAUGUGACCAUCUUCGGUGAAAGCGCUGGCGGAGUGGCCGUGCACUAUCUCGUCCUGUCGAACAAGGCGGCCGGUCUGUUCCACAAGGCGAUUGCCCAGUCCGGAACGGCGCUCGUACCGUGGGGCUUCCAGUAUCGGCCCCGCGAACUCGCGUACCAGCUGGCGGAUAAGCUCGGCUACUCGCACGACAGUGCAGCGUUGGUGCAGAGUCUGCGUAACACACCGAUCGAACGGUUGCUCGAGGUGCAGGGCGGCUGGCUGGACAUUGAUAUCCCGCGUGGCUUUAAACCGUUCGAGUUCGUGCCGAACGCGGAACCAGUCAACUCGCCGGAGGAGACGUUCCUUACCCAGCUACCGAUCGAUAUUAUGAAUGCUGGCACAUUCAAUCACGUCCCGUUCAUCGCUGGGUAUAUGAGCAUGGAAAGCAUGUUCAUGGUGUACGAGCACACGAUCGACAACACGGUGUGGGACGCGUUCACGCAAAAUCCUGACUAUUUUGUGCCCCACUUCUGGAACAUUCCGCGCGGUACGGCUGCUGCAUCCGCCGUCAGCCAGACCAUCCGGAACACCUACUGGCAGGAUCGUCCCCUCGGACCCGACAUUAUGCAGCAGUGGAUGACCUUCCACACCGAUCAGCAGUUCAUCUACGCGAUCGACAAGACGGUACGCGUGCACGCACAGCGAUCGCAGGCUCCGACCUAUUACUAUCAGUUCAGCUUCGACGGUGAUCUGAACCUCGUCAAGCGGCUGCUUCUGCUCGGUAGCUGGCCCGGUGCGAUGCAUGCCGACGACAUUCCGUACCUGUGGUCGGUGACGGAUCUAACCAUUUCACCGAUCCUGCCAACGAAUCAUGCCCGCACGGUCAGCAACCGUUUCGUUCGGCUCUUCACUAACUUUGCUCGGUUUGGAAAUCCCACACCGAACGCCGUCGAUACGCUGCUGCAGAGCCGACAGUGGCAACCGGUCGGUGCGACGGUGCACUACAUGGACAUCGGACACGAUCUCGUCACCGGCAUCAACCCCAACGGACAGCGUACCUCGGUGUGGCACGAUCUUGAGGCCCGGUACGCCAACGAUCCGUUCCGCUUCCCGCGUCCAUAA